GCUGUUCGGUGAGCGGUCCUAUUGUGUGGGUGUGGCCACAAAGCCUGAUAAUGGAUGAUGACUGUUCCGGGGACGAGUUCAUUGGGAGCUACAAUAAAUCAAAUGAAAAAUACAUUACUCCUCGUUCAUUUCAGGACUCUAAGCCUGUUCAAUAUACUCUUCCUGAUAUAUUACAUUAUUUGCAAUCAGAAUGGUCUAAAAUGGAAAUAGAAAGGUCUCAAUGGGAAGUAGAACGGGCGGAAAUGCAGGCAAGGAUUGCAUUUCUGCAGGGUGAACUUAAAUGCCAAGAAAAUCUUAAAACAGACCUUGUUAGACGUAUAAAAAUGCUUGAGUACGCCGUAGUUCAAGAAAGAAAUAAAACAUUUAAAAUGAAAAAUACUGUUGAUAACCACAAUUCUGGCGUAAAUACUCACUUAGACGAGGACGUUUCAAAUAAUCUUGAACGCAAUAAGGAAGAGAGGGCUUUCUUGAGACGUUACCUUGGUCAGAUUGGUAUUUCAAAGCAAAUAUCUGAGGCCCGUCAGGUUUCUGUCAGAGAAUUGCUUGGUAUUUCGGCUCCUAAUAUUUUAUCCCGCCCAAAGUCGGAUAGCAAGGAAUUAAGCUCAGUUAGUGCCGAUCGAAAUUCACUUCACUCAGCGCUUGCCAGCUUUGGAUUUCUUGGGGAGGAGGAAUCAGGGGAAUUAAUUAAUCCAUCAAAUCCUAGUGCAGAAGAUGUAAUUCCCCUGUCUAAAGAAUCUGAAUACGCUAUUCAAGAUGUUAAUACUUCUGAGGCUUUGGCGGAAUUUGACUUCAUUGUUAGUCAGCAUUUCGACGUGCCGAUAAGCAAGCCUUCAAAUGAUUCCUCUGAUGCAAACGAGGAUCAUCAACCUCUGUUAUCGCGUCUCAAAGAGCAAUAUCAAUAUUCUAAACCCCUCCAUAAUACCGGCGGAUCUAUUUCACUCAACACAUGGUUAUCUGAGCCACUCUCCCCAUUGAGUAGCGCAUUGAACCUUCCAAACAACUCUGAGCUGAGGCUUUUUUCUGGUGGGUCAUUAACAGACACUUGCAUUCCCAAUUCUCAAGCUCUAAGUAGUGCAGAUUUUGAUCUUGUCGUGGAUGAACAACCUGCGCCCACUACUGGACGACAAUUGAUCAUUUUGAAUCGCGGUAAUGGAGUUUCAGCUUCAUCCAUCGCACGCUCAGUCGGCUCAACCGGCACAAUGUCAUCAGCUGAAUCUUCAGCAUCAGAUGGUGGAGCGAGUAAUGGUCUCGGGCUUGGCGACUUAGCAGGUUUGACAGUGGCAAAUGAGUCAGAUAUAACUUCCCGUGGGUCCGCUUGCAUCAACAAUAAUAAUGAGUCGAUGUCUCCUUCAACUCCAGUCACUAUGGAUAGUCUAGAUGGCGUCCCACCUCCCGGAUUUAUUCCAGUGCUCUCUUCCAUUGAAUCCGUUUCUGGUAGCCUCUUGGAUACAGAUUUAAAAUCCCGUUUGGUGACUAAUACAAUUGCCACAAGUUGGGUUGCGAAAUACACGCUUCGGAGUCAUUUCGAUGCUAUAAGAUGCGCUGUAUUUCAUCCAACAGAACAGAUAUUGCUCACUGCUAGCGAAGAUCAUACUUUAAAAAUGUGGAAUCUGGCAAAAACUGUGCAAGCCAAGAAGACAACCAGUUUAGAUGUUGAGCCGAUGUAUACUUUUCGCGGACAUACGAGCCCAGUGCUCUCGCUUGUUGUCUCUCUCUACCGUUCUUCAGCCUCUUCUGCCUCCGCCUCAAUCGAUGAUCCCGUAAAUCCCAACCGCUCCUUUGCUUCAAGUUCAGGUGGACUGGAUGCCAACCCAAACGUCCCUUCCGCCUUAGGGGCGGUAGAUGUGGCUUCUUCAUUGUCCCUGAGUGAACCUACAACAGCAACCGUAAUCUCAGCCUCAACUUCAACUAUUGAUGGAGAAGUCUCUGAGGCUGAGGAUGGAAAUCCUCUCGUAGUGGCGUUUUCAGGAAGCAUGGAUGGAGAGAUUCGCGCCUGGAAAUUACCAGAUGCACGCAAGGACCCAUAUGAUGUUUUUGACUCCUCUAUACACGGUCCUGUGCUCAAGGGGCAUAAUGAUGCAGUUUGGUCUCUGUCAGCGGCCGUGGUCUUCCCAGCUUUAUAA